UUUCGAUUUUGAUUAAAUCAGAGUGAGAUGAACAUAUGCGGUAUCCAAAAGAUAGAAAGAGAGCUAUAUAUUUCGACGGUGUAAAAAUAUUAAUUAUUUACGCGUAAUGUAUUAAACUAUCCUGGAAGGCAAUGGAAAAUACUAUAAAAAUUGUUUUGUUUGGUUAUGUUUAUCAGUGCACAAAAUAUGCCUCACAAUUUUUUGCAAAUUUUGAGUGAAUAUUCUGCAAUUUCCCUCAAUAAAGAUGCAUCGAAUGCAGAAAAACUGGUGAAAAUAAAAUUGCGUUUCUUUGAAAAGAUUUUCACUAGAAAUUUCCCGGAAAAUUGCCUCGAUGAAAGAAAAUUAUCUUUAUAUCUCUGUGAAACGUUGAAUGGCAUUUCUGAGGAUGAGCAGAUGAUGCUAUCAAAGAGUGAGAAUGAUUGGAUUUACCUGGGAUUGAUGGAUUUGAUCAAUGGGCUGUCAGGAAGCUUUCCGGAAACCAUGCGAAAUAUUCUCAAUAAGGUAGGAAUAACAAUAAAAAUUAAUACUACUGCGAAUGUGUCUCUUGAGUUUAUUGAGGAAUGUGCAUGGACAAUUGAGAGAGUUCUGAGAAUGAAGAAUUUCUCAGUAGAUCGUCCAUUGGAUGAUGUCUAUUUGCAUCAGCUUUGUUCUCUGGUUUUCCUCAAAGCCACUCGAGAAUCUUGUGCAAUUCUCAGUGAAAAAAAUUUACUCUGUAAUCCGGAAGCAGUUUUAAAGCAAGAGAAAUUCAUGAAAUUCUUAAUUAUCUUAACUGGGCUACCUGGAGAAUUUGCCCAGGUUUGCCAUAGAGAACUUAUGAGGCAACUUCAGCUUCCGGGAGGUUUUCGCUCCCUGGCGACCAAUAUCGUCCUGUCAGAUGGCGAUAACAGUCCUCAGUGGAAGAAAUGUGAGACUCUAUCGAAGAUUGUCUCCAUUCCUGGUCAUGGAGCUCCUUUUUACCGAUUUAUUGUCCAGGAAAUUGCCAAUGUAGCUAGAGAUUCGAUAGAGAAGGGAGAAGAUCCUCUCGUUGAGGCUUCUAUAGCUUGUCUCAAUGCUCUCCAUGGAGCCAAAAUCAAUGGGGUGAAGGCCAGAGUGGAAGAUGUUUACGUGGGAGCUGUGAAAAAGUUGUCAAAUCCAGAGGAAAGCCUCACGGGGCUUGUUGUCUUGGAUCACAAAUCCCUAGACUGUCUCCUAAAGCUCAAUAGCAGAGCUUUCAGAAGUUCAGUGUCUGGAGCCAAAAGUAAAAUUCUCGUUGGGAUUCUUCCGUUGCUCUUUGAAUUGCAUGCCAAAUUUCCGGACAAUUCUCAGCCUCAGGAAAUCCUGCAGGACUUGAUUGUCUAUUGUUUGGCCAAUAGGACUGACGAGGAACUCGAUAAAUUGAUAGAGAUUUUUCUUUUUGGAGAUUCCCAUCCCAAUCUCUUGAAGCUUCAUCCAAGGAUUGUGGUCAGGGAAGUCUCCAAAGAUGAAUUUGCUGUUCAGUUGGGUCCUGACGGAGAUCCUCAGGAGUCUGAUUCAGCAGGGAAUCUCAUGAAAAUACUCAAAAAGUCCAAUCACAAUCUUCUAACUUACAAAGUUUUUAAGCACCUUUUGAGAUUGUUCGAAGAAUGCCUCAAGGAUAGAGAUCAAAAGCCAAAAUUGGACCUUCUGGAGGCUGAAGAUAUUGAACAAGUGCUCAGUGAAACUUUCAAGAGAAGGACUCUACUCAUUCUCAGUCUGUCGGAAUUGAUAAGUUACCAACCAAUUCAUUUCCUCUUAAAAGAGAAUCCCCAAGAUAUUGUUCCUUUUGUCCUCGGGGCUUUUCGCCGAGAAGCAGACAAGGAUAUCACAAAUGAUGUAGAUACAGAAACAGUUAUUAUCCUCAUGUCAAUUUUCCGGGAGUUUGUGACUUCCCAGCGAGCUGAGAGCUUCCACAAUGAGCUCCGGGAAUUGCUGAAAAAAAUAAAUCUAAGAACUCCCAAGGAAAUAUCUCAGUAUAUUGAUAUUUUCCUGGAGGAAAUUGCAGGCGAAUCGAAGAGUUUCUCAGUCAAGUCCAAGUUCCAGGAAGCUCGUCUUCUCUGCGACGAAAAAAUGCCCCAUAUCCGGGUUUAUGGGAUGACAGAAAUGAUUAAAUUGAUUGAGCAGAAAGAUGUUGAAACUCUCGCAAAUCUUCAUUCGACAUUUCAUAUUGUCCUGCAAUAUCUCACGGAUGAGGAUUCCUACACUUUCCUUACCUGCAUUCGCCUUUUGGUUCUCCUGACCAUGCAUCUGGAUGAAGCGGCUCUUGACACACUUGUGCUUGAGUACGAGAACCAGGACAAAGACAUAGACUUCAGGUUGAAACUGGGAGAAGCCAUUGUGAAGAUCAUGGAAGGAUUGGGUCCCAUGGCUUUCAAAUUCAAAGGAAUCCUCAUAAAUUGUUUUCUCCGAGGCACUCGCAAUGUUCAUGAGGAGUUCAGGACAUCUGCCCUGUAUAAUCUCGGCAGCAUCUGUCGAUUACUGACCUUUCAAAUUCAUCAUUUCUUCAAUGAGAUGAUCACGACAAUUCACGGAAUUCUCCAAACCGAUACUUAUCUUCCAUGCAGACGUGCUGCAACUCUCAUCCUGACCCAAAUCCUCGAAGGCGUUGACAAUCUCAUGGAUUUUCAAGAAUUCCUGCUGCCGACCUAUCGGCUCCUGAAGAAUGUGAGGGAGACUGAAACGGAUGAACGAUGUCGUGUUCAUGCGGAGAAUGGCCUAAAAGUGCUGAAUGCGAAAGUUAGGGAGAGUCUGAUUCCAAAGGAGGAGCGAAUGCAGAAAGAGAUCAAGAUCUUUGGCAUAAAAGAUGAGGAAAAGACCAAGAAGGCAUCCAUACUAGAGCUUUAGGGUAAUUGCGAUGCCCUCGUGAGAUAUUCAGAAAUUGCAGUCUUUUUUCUACAGUUCUGAGGAAAAGAAUAUGGACACUGAAAAGAAGUUGUUAGAUCGUUUUGUAAUUUUUGAAAAUAUUGUUUUAAACUUUUAAUGAAUUAAAAAAAAAUUAAAAACAAA